UACUAACGAAUACACACCACACUAGCUUGAAGAGGUGUGUAUUUCGGUUUCACUCGUCGUCCGGUCCAGUUGAUUCUGUUAAUAUUAAAACGACACAUUUGACACAUGACAUCUUAAACUCCUCCUGUGCUAAAACCAUAACGGCUGGAUGAGUGGACCAACUUUCACCUCCCCCUCUGCUGAGGUGGCUGAGAUGAACCGCAUCCAUUAUGAGCUGGAAUACACAGAGGGCAUCAGCCAGCGCAUGCGAAUCCCUGAGACCCUCAAGGUGGCCUCGGAGAAGCAAACAGGGUCUCUGCCACUUCAGCAACCCCUACCCAUACACACAACUCUAAUGCAGGUGCCAGAGAGGAUCGUCGUAGCAGGCAAUGAUGGGGACCCUCUAUAUUCUCGCCCCCGAGACUUGGACCUGAUUCAGUCCGUCCCUCCUGUGGACCUUCUGAACAUGAAGGCCCCCCCGCGUGUCCUCACCCUUACAGAACAGCCGCUGGACUCUCUUGAAACUGAACAAACUGCCGCCUCACAGAGCAAUCCCAGCCAGUCGGCACACUUUCCUGCUCGGUCUCGAAGGGAACGUAGUGCGAGUGAGAACAUAUCUGGCCGCCACAGCGGUCAGAUCGGCAGAGGUGAUUUUGUAACCCCUUCCCCUUCUGCCCUACCAGUCCGCUUGUGUCCCCCCCUCUGUUCCCCUGAGGAUGCAAACAUCAACCUGUUCACCGCUGCAGGGCUCCUGUCUUAUAUCCAGUCAACAACGCGGCGGGCUUACCAGCAGGUCCUGGAAGUGCUGGACGACAGCCAUCGCAGGUGAUUGUAUUCACUGACACACCUGGACCUGGCCCUGGAUAUAAACCCUGAUGAGUCUGGCUUAGUGGAUGCCUCCUCACUACGACGACAGAUUGUAAAGUUGAACCGACGUCUGCAGCUGCUAGAGGAAGAAAACAAAGAACGCUCCAAGCGAGAGGUGAUCCUGUAUUCUGCCACUGUGGCAUUCUGGCUUAUCAACACCUGGAUCUGGUUCCGCCGCUAAGAUGGGACAGGACAAGUCUCCCAAAACACUGGAAGCCAAAGCAAUUCCUUGUUAAAGGGUUAAUACAAUUAGGGCUGAACAAUUUAGAAGAAAUAUCUAAUUGUGAUUAUUUUGACUGAUAUUGCAUUCAUUUGAGGGAAUGAUUAUUUUUACAUAAUUAUUCUAAUUUUCAAUGAAAAACAUAUUUACAU